AUGAUAGAGGCGACGUUAGAAACGCUGCUGCUUUCGGGGGCGGUGUCAUGCUGGUUCGGCUGGCAUAGGCGACCAAACGUUAUGCGGACAAUCGAACUCCACACGGACGGCGUACUUUACUGCUUUGACGAGCCCAAAAACUCCAUGGCGAAGAACCUGCGGGAGCGUCUAUGGCUUCUUGGUUCACGCGUGGUGGACUGUGGCACGCACCGUGGUCGGCUUUGCUUCGGUCUGGAGCUUGCGGACGCAUCGAGUAUAGAGCAGGUGCGGCCUACAGGGCUUUUCACUUCGCUACGGAGGUCAGCCUCUGUCAGCUCACUUCAUGGUGAGGGAACUUUUCCCAGGGGAUAUGUGGCACUCUUCUUUUUAGGCGACAAGCUGCUCAAGUGGAAGAUUAUUUACCACCUGCGCCUUGCAGCGUUAUCGCUGCCACCAUUUUCGCAGCAGCAGAAUGGGCACAUGCUAUUCUCGGCAACCGACGGCUCGCUUGAGGCCGGUGGAGGCAGCGGUGUUGAUCGACUGCUACAGCGCCCUUCUAGAGUCAUUGACGCGAUGGGGGACGAUCCGCUGGAGAUGCAUGAUGUGGAACAGUUGGAGGACGUUUUGUGCCGGUACGAGGCACAGAGGCAGCUAAUACAAGAAAACGAUGAGGAACAACACGAAGAGGUGAAUCCUCACGACUGCACGGUGGUGGACGAAGGUGAGAAGCUGGAGGUGCCUGAGCGUCUCAUGCAUUCGCCACUCUACGUGCCUUGCAUCGCCCCUAAGCCGGCGAACCAGGUAUGUGCCGAUUGUGGUGAAAAAUGGCCCACGUGGGCUCUACUGAGACCUUUUGGAUGUUUUGUUUGCAUCAACUGCGUUGGUGUGCACCGACAGCUGUGGCCGCAGCGCUGUCGCGAGGUGCAGCUAGACAGUUGGAGCGCUGCCGACAUCGAUUUUAUGAUUACACAUGGUAACGAUGUGGUGAAUGACCACCUCGAGUAUGCUGGUUUUUUUAUUGGCGGUGGAAAAGCCGUUUAUAAACCGAUGGGUAGCUUCUCCCCGCCCGAGGUGCGGGAGGAGUACAUCACCUUGAAGUAUGAUGGGGCUUUUACGCGGGAACGUAAUCCUCAUGUUCUACAGGCUGUGUCACCGCCUUUUGAUUUAGAUGUAGAGAGAAAUGUGGGUCUCGACCAGAACGGGGCCUUAACUCAUGAUGGUCCGCCGCGGUACAUUGGUGUGGCGUAUAUUUCUGUUCGUGAGGUGGAUUGCAUUCGCAGCAGCGGUGCCGUCUUAUCACUUACGAACGGAUUUCAAGAGGUGCGUAGUCGCGCCGGUGUGGUCCCUAGCGGGCCUGUCACUAGCGAUCUCCAAAAUGCCUGUACGCGUUGGGAUGAAUCUUUCCAGCUUGGGGUCUACUCCGUCACUGCUCCGCUCUACAUCGCGCUCUACACCAGCAGCGACAAGUUGAUUGGUGUCGCUGAGUGGACACUUCCCGAUGGCGUUGCGGCGCUGGGUGGUAGAUCUGAGCCUGUGACGGUGCCGCUGGUCUGGUGCUUGCCGGAUGAAGGGUCUACGUGGCCCCUGCUGAACGUGUUUGGUGGAGAGCGUCGUCGCUGGCAGCGGGCCAGUCGAGAGUGGCGCCAACCGCUGCUGUACCUCACCGCCUCGUUUGCGCAUUUUGGGUGA